AGUAUAUUCGCUAGCUAGCAAAACAUACAAGCGAAGGACACUGCACUGACUUGGCAGCUGUUUCAUGGAAACUAGCUAAUCCAUUGUGAUUUAAUUAAAAUGUCCAAUACUAGCUACAGUGGUUCACUAGCUUGGAGGAAGUGUUUAGUGUUGUGUGCAUUGCGUUUGUACACUUAGCUAGCUAAACCAAUCCCAUAGCCUACAUUGCAUAUGAAGUGUGACUGGCUCAUCCAUGGAUGUACAGAGAAAAUGCCCUAUUUGUUUCCACUUUUUUUGUUUGCUCCCCCAGAUAGGGGUUUGUGCAUUCUGAUUGGCUCAUAGUCAAGUUGUUGGCCAGUGACAAGCAUCGCAAUUCUACAAGAAGAAUCAUCACUACCAGGGUCAGCACGCAGCAAGUACCGCUUUUGUUCUAGCAAGAGAAAGAACAGCCUCCCACUGUGAUAAGUACCUACGGCAGUGACAUUCUCUAUGGUUGGUUGGGAUCCCCCCACCAUGCUCUACAGCUCUCUUUUUCCCCACCUGGUUUUAAUGUGGAUCACAUAAGGACUUCUCUGCUUGCUAUGCACCCAAAUGGACACCAGUGUUUCUCUGCUAAGUGCGCAGGACAAGCAGCAAGCUCUUCAUGUCCGCCACAGGAUGGAGACGUCUUGUCUGGAGUUGGCCCUGGAGGGAGAGAGGCAGUGUAAGGUGGGGAAUUACCGUGCCGGGGUAUCCUUCUUUGAGUCGGCAAUCCAGGUUGGCACAGAGGACCUCCAGAUCCUCAGCGCCAUCUACAGCCAGCUGGGCAACGCCUACUUCCACCUGCAGGAGUACAGCAAGGCUCUAGAAUACCACCGCCACGACCUCAACCUCACCAGAACCAUUGGAGAUGAACUUGGAGAAGCAAAAGCCAGUGGUAACCUUGGGAACACUUUGAAGGUUUUGGGAAGGUUUGAUGAAGCAGUGGUCUGUUGCCAAAGACACUAUGACAUUACCAGAGGGAUGUAUGAUAAGGUUGGGCAGGCCCGAGCGCUGUAUAAUUUUGGCAACGUUUACCAUGCCAAGGGGAAAAGCAUCUGCUGGACUGGAGCAGAGCCAGGAGAAAUCCCUGAGGAGGCCAAGGUCGCUCUGAACAAAGCCACAGAGUAUUACGAAUUCAACCUUUCCAUUGUGAAGGACUUGGGGGAUCGGGCAGCACAGGGGCGGACCUAUGGUAACCUAGGUAACACACACUAUUUGCUCGGAAACUUCCAGCGAGCUGUGGUGGCCCAUGGACAGCGUCUCCUCAUUGCUAAGGAGUUUGGGGACAGGGCGGCUGAGAGGAGGGCCUACUAUAACCUAGGCAACGCAUACAUCUUCCUAGACCAGUUUGAAGUGGCGGCUGAACAUUACAAGAAGACUCUGCAGCUGGCCAUGGUGCUGAAGGAUAAGGCUGUGGAGGCUCAGGCCUGUUAUAGCCUGGGGAACACCUACACACUGCAGCAGGACUACCAGAGAGCCAUCGACUACCACCUCAAACACCUUAUCAUCGCACAGGAGCUCAAGGACAGGGUUGGGGAGGGCAGAGCGUGCUGGAGUUUAGGAAAUGCCCACACAGCCUUGGGAAAUCAUCAGAAGGCCAUUCACUUUGCUGAGAAGCAUCUGGAGAUAUCUAAAGAGACUGGAGACAAAAAUGGUGAGGCAACAGCCAGGAUGAAUAUGGCAGACCUGAGGUUAGUGCUGGGUCUGGGUCAGAACCCAAGCUCAAGCCUCAACACCAACAACAGCUCUGUUCUGACUGAGAACCACAGGAAGCAGGAUACCUUACCAGGUGUGAAGUCAGAAGGAAGGAGUAACAGUAUGGAGGACUUGGAACAUAUAGGACUGGGCCCUGAGAAAACUGUAGAAAACUGGGAUGAAGAUGUAUUCAGGCCUUCUAACCCUAAAUCCAGCAUGGCCAAGGCCUCCUCCAAACUGUUCUUCAUCAACCGGUUCAGAGGGAAGAAACACAAGAAACACAGCUCUCCUACUAGAGGUGGGGUCCUCCAGGACACCAGCAACAAGCCCACAGCCCGAGAGAUGGACACGCAUAAGUCAGGAGUCAAGAUCGGAUGUUCUGACACUCUGGGUGACGAUGGCUUCUUCGACCUCCUCAGUCGUUUCCAGGGAAGCAGAAUGGACGACCAAAGGUGCUCCUUAUUGGACGGCGAGAGCCGUCUCUCCGAUCCCUUCUCUCCCUGUACUACCCCGCCCGUAGCCAUGAGGAAAUCUACUUCCGCAUGCGAGGCCAACCCGGAGCCUGGGCAUUUCCUGGAUCUGCGGGACAGCUCCCAGGGCAGUCGACUGGACGAGCAGAGAGCCAGCGUGGGCAGCAGCCUCCCCGGUCUACGUCUCAGCACCUCCGAUCAGCCCAUCAGGCUCCACCCCAUGCUCAGUCGCCUGAUGACCAGUGCUGACCAGCCUCAGGAUGACGACGUCUUCUUUGACAUGCUAGUCAAGUGCCAGGGUUCAAGACUGAAUGACCAGCGGUGUGAAGAACCCCUUCCCUCCACUAGAGGUCCUACUGUCCCAGCUGAGGACUUCUUUAGCCUUAUCCUGCGCUCCCAGGCUAACCGGAUGGACGAGCAGCGGGUCCCACCACCACCCCUAAGCUUCGACCCUAACCAGCCCAUCUCGGACUGACCAGCUUUUGUCUACUUCUACCUCUCCUCAACUUCUCUCAGCCCAGAAACCAGCACACAAAUGUAUUCCUCUACCAAAGCCCUAACUGAAAAUGGAUCUACCCCACCACACUAAAUCAUGGAGUCCUAAUGUACAGACCUAUUAUUCUGGCAGAGAUGCAACUUUUUUUUUGUUUUGUUGACUGGGCUCCUUUCAGCCUUUCUCAGUGUGUGAAUGACCCAGACAGUGCAAUAAACUGACAAUUUAACAGAUUUUUCAUAGUUAAACUUGUUUUAAUUGCAUUUUUAUUUUGUAUCAUUUGUAAGCUUAUGUUGAUGGAAGAGUUAAGAAAUUAGUAAAAUAUAUUGUACAGGUCCGCAAUGUUUUCUACUUCCGGUGUAUGCCCACCUUGAGGAAAUAAAGCCUCAUUUUAACAGAA